CUUGGUGACGAAAGUGGGCGUGGCCGGCGGCUCCAUGAUGGCGGCGGGGCUGCAGCCGCGGCGCCUCCGGGGCUGUGCGUGGCGGCGGGACUUCCGCGUUGCUGCCGAGGGAAGCGCCCGGGCUCGGCGCUGAUGGCUAGCGGCGGCGGCGGCGGCUCCAGAAACGGGCGGCGGCGGUGUCGGCGGCAACGUGGUCGGCGCUUUUGACCGGCAGGCGAAGGAAGCCGAGCCGCGCUCGCCGGGGGCAGGGACCCACCGCCAGGCCGGCCGGCUGGCUCUCUCGGGGGGAUGUGGCGCUGGGUCCGCCAGCAGCUGGGUUUUGACCCACCACACCAAAGUGAUACCCGAACUAUUUACAUAGCAAAUCGUUUUCCUCAGCAUGGCCAUUAUGUUCCUCAGAAGUUUGCAGAUAACCGAAUCAUCUCCUCUAAGUACACUGUGUGGAACUUCGUUCCCAAAAACUUGUUUGAGCAGUUCAGAAGGGUUGCCAACUUUUAUUUUCUUAUCAUAUUUUUGGUUCAGCUUAUGAUUGAUACUCCCACAAGUCCUGUGACGAGUGGAUUGCCAUUGUUUUUUGUAAUCACUGUGACCGCCAUAAAGCAGGGUUAUGAAGACUGGUUGCGACAUAAAUCCGACAACGAGGUGAACGGGGCUCCCGUUUAUGUUGUCCGCAGCGGCGGCCUUGUGAAAACGAGAUCAAAGAACAUUCGGGUAGGGGAUAUUGUCAGAGUAGCCAAAGAUGAAACGUUCCCCGCUGAUCUUGUGCUUCUGUCCUCGGAUAGAGCGAACGGCUCUUGCCACGUUACAACGGCGAGCUUGGACGGAGAGACGAAUCUUAAGACGCACAUUGCAGUCUCACAAACAGCAGUAUUGCAGUCAGUUGCCAACCUGGACAAACUUGACGCUGUCAUAGAGUGCCAGCAGCCGGAAGCAGAUCUCUACAGAUUUGUCGGAAGAAUAACCAUCAAUCAACAGAUUGAAGAAGUAGUGCGAUCUCUUGGGCCUGAAACCCUCUUACUCCGAGGAGCGAGAUUAAAAAACACAAAGGAAAUCUUCGGUGUUGCUGUGUACACAGGAAUGGAAACCAAGAUGGCAUUAAAUUACAAGAGCAAGUCACAGAAACGAUCAGCAGUGGAAAAGUCUAUGAAUUCUUUUUUGAUCAUCUAUCUAAUCAUCCUCCUUUUUGAAGCCAUCUUAAGUACAAUACUGAAAUAUGCCUGGCAGUCCGAAGAGAAAUGGGACGAACCUUGGUAUAACCAGAAAACUGAACAUGAAAGAAACAGCAGCAAGAUCUUGAGAUUUAUUUCCGAUUUCCUUGCUUUCAUGGUCUUGUACAACUUCAUCAUACCCAUUUCGCUUUAUGUGACCGUCGAGAUGCAGAAGUUUCUGGGAUCCUUCUUUAUCGGUUGGGAUCUGGACCUUUAUCAUGAAGAGACAAACCAGAAGGCCCAAGUAAAUACUUCGGACCUAAAUGAAGAGCUGGGGCAGGUGGAGUACGUGUUCACGGACAAAACCGGUACAUUAACGGAAAACGAGAUGCAGUUUCAGCAGUGUUCCAUUAACGGUGUCAAGUACCACGAGAUCAAUGGCAAACUGGUUCCCGAAGGACUGAUUGAGGACAUCCCAGAUGGAAUAAGGCCUGGCCUGGCACGAGAGGAGGAACUCUUCCUGAAAGCUGUUUCUCUCUGUCAUACAGUGCAGAUUAAUAAUGACCAAGCGGACGGCAUUUGUGACAAUCCUUGGCAUACCGACAGCAUCUCCUCUCAGCUGGAGUACUAUGCCUCUUCCCCGGAUGAAAAAGCUUUAGUUGAAGCUGCCUGCAGGAUCGGUGUUGUGUUUACUGGGACCGAUGGGGAAAGUAUGGAGAUUAAAAGCCUUGGGCGUCCGGAAAGGUACAAAUUAUUACAUGUCUUGGAAUUCGAUCCCUGUCGCAGAAGAAUGAGUGUCAUUGUCGAGAAUUCAUCAGGGGACAAACUGUUAUUCACCAAGGGGGCAGAGUCUGCUGUUCUUCCUUACAGUACAAGAGGAGAAAUAGAAAAAACGAGAAUUCACGUAGAUGAAUUUGCUUUGAAAGGGUUAAGGACUCUGUGUGUGGCCUACAGAAAAUUCACUCCGGAAGAGUACAAGGAGGUAGACCAGCGGCUUCAUGAGGCAAAAACCGCCUUGCAGCAGCGGGAAGAGCGCUUGGCAGAAGCAUUUAACUUCAUAGAGAAAGACCUGGACUUACUUGGAGCUACUGGAGUAGAAGACAAGCUCCAAGACAAAGUGCAAGAAACCAUCGAAGCCCUGAGGCUGGCGGGCAUAAAAGUGUGGGUGCUCACCGGCGACAAGCACGAGACGGCCGUCAGCGUCAGCUUAUCUUGCGGGCACUUCCACAGAACUAUGAAUAUCCUGGAGCUUGUGCAGCACAAGUCAGACAGUACCUGCGCGGAGCAGUUGAGGCAGCUGGCCAGGAGAAUAAAGGAAGACCAUGUGAUCCAGCAUGGGCUCGUGGUGGACGGCACCAGUCUGUCCCUUGCGCUGAGGCAGCACGAGAAGCUCUUCAUGGAGGUCUGUCGUAAUUGCUCCGCGGUGCUAUGUUGCCGCAUGGCCCCUCUGCAGAAGGCAAAGGUUGUGCGGCUGAUAAAAACCUCUCCCGAGAAACCGAUCACGUUAGCUAUUGGCGAUGGGGCUAAUGACGUGAGCAUGAUACAGGAAGCCCACGUGGGCAUAGGUAUCAUGGGCAAAGAGGGACGACAAGCUGUGAGAAACAGUGACUAUGCAAUAGCAAGAUUUAAAUUCCUUUCCAAGCUACUUUUUGCCCACGGACACCUUUAUUAUAUUAGAAUAGCAACCCUUGUACAGUACUUUUUUUACAAGAAUGUGUGCUUUAUUACACCACAGUUUUUAUAUCAGUUCUAUUGCUUGUUUUCACAACAGACUCUGUACGACAGUGUAUACCUGACUUUAUACAACAUUUGUUUCACCUCCUUGCCAGUCCUCAUGUACAGUCUUUUUGAACAGCACGUGCACCCUCAAGUAUUGCAGAGCAAGCCAGCGCUCUACCGAGACAUUAGUAAAAACGCCCACUUGGGCUAUAAGCCUUUCCUUUACUGGACAUUCUUGGGAUUUGCUCACGCAUUCGUUUUCUUCUAUGGCUCCUAUCUUCUGAUGGGGGAAGACACUUCUUUGCUGGGGAAUGGCCAGCUAUUGAAACCAAACAGGCAAAUGAUGUUUGGAAAUUGGACUUUUGGCACUCUGGUCUUCACAGUUAUGGUGAUAACCGUCACAAUGAAGAUGGCUUUAGAGACUCAUUUCUGGACUUGGAUCAAUCAUUUUGUUACCUGGGGCUCCAUUGCAUUUUACUUUGUGUUCUCGUUGUUCUACGGAGGAAUUAUAUGGCCGUUUUUGCACACCCAGGACAUGUACUUUGUGUUCGUCCAGCUCCUGUCCAGCGGCUCCGCUUGGUUUGCCAUCAUCAUCAUCGUUGUUGCGUGUCUGUUUCUCGACGUCGUGAAAAAAGUUCUGUUCAGACACCUGCAUCCCACAAGUACAGAAAAAGCCCAGAUGUACUCCCGCCGAGUGGCUUUAAGCGACGAAUGCAUCGCCCUGCAGCCAGUGUCCAGGGCAACGAGUCAGCUGAGCAGAAUUAGCUUACUGAGACAGGCACAGGUCUCAGCUGCUUGGACUCCUUGUGUUGCGUCUCAGAUGGGGAAACAGCGUGCGCAUCUCUUAGAAGAAUGUUGGAACGAGUAAUGGGAAGAUGCAGCCCGGGCCGGGCCAACAGCGUGUGUAAGGGGACUGAAGACGCAUGCAUUUAAACAGGAGGAGUAUAAGAAUCCCAUCUGUCCAAGGCAGGUAUCGCGUUCUACCCGAGAGAAAUCAAACACCAUUAAGGGUUUCUUUCAUUGUAUCGUUGGCCUCUGUAUGAUAAACAGCACGCAGGCCGGAUGGAAGCUGAGCAAAUAUUUUGUAUUGGACCGCUAAUGCUUGCAUAAUUUCAUCUUUUUCAAAAAGUAUGUUUUGGGGCACUUGGAUAACUUGAUUUGUUUGGUUUUCAGUUCAGUCAUGGGCUGAAUUAUGGGCAGAGGAAACGGAAUAAUUGAGCUCUGUGGAGUGAAUGAACUGUGGCAAAGUAGGCCCAAUAGUGAUAAUGGUUCCACCAAGACAAGGGAAAAGAAAUGGGCUGGUUCGUCUACAUUACUGUUUUUUUUUUCCAGAGGUGAGAUGGAUUCCAUAAGUCACUAGGAGAUUUUUCCAUAAGUCACUAGGAGAUUUUCCCAUAAGUCACUAGGAGAAUUUUCACUGAUUAGGAAUUUGGGCCGUGGUAACAUGCCUAGUUCUCUCUCGCAGUACAGCACUUAAAAGUUUCAAUACAAUUCCCAGUUCUAUAGCUUUAAGGAAGCAUAAUGUGCAUCUGAUAUUCCUCCGGAGCCGGAACUUCCGCUUUGCAUCAGUGCGGAGGACCACUGUGGGGGCGUCUAAUGCAAAGAGCCGCAAUCGAAGUCCGUGGGAAGGCCCGUGCGUUCCCCUGAGCGGUGUGCCCCACUUAAAGGCCGUGCUUUGAUGGCUGCCUUCUCCUGAGGAGCUCUUCGUGGUGUGCGUUAACAGCCACCUUCUCAUUUUAGCCUCACGGCAACCCAGAAAGUGGCUGACUCACGGUCAUUCCGUGAGCUUCACAACAAAGUGUACCAAUUCCUACGCUGAUGCCUCUACCCAUCACACACACUGGGCGACAGGGAGAUUAAGCCAUUCAGGAACAGCAUCCUUGUUCAAAAUGUCAUGUGAGAAAUCGAUCCAUCUUCUCGACCUAAAGUGGCCUGCUCUGGAUUGUUCUCAGGGUGGCGUCGGUGUCUCCGAAUAGCUGUAUAUGUUUUCCCCCCCUCCUGAACGGUAAAAUCUGCUCUUCUGUCCACCCAGAGCACAAUGUAGCGGCAGCCCCCUGGUUUUAUUGGGGAUGGCUGCUUCAAAGAUUUUGUGUGGAUUCUGGUUUUUGUUACUGCUGCUGCUGCUGUGUCUUGCUAGCACUAACAAGCUUGGACUUCCUGCUGCUGCUCUAAACAUUGCACUUAAUUGCACUUACUUGGGAUGCGAGUACUGUAACUUCUUAAUGUAAAUGGCAGAAGGUGGAAGGAAAGGGGCAUUCCUCCUCCUGAUCCUCUGCCAGUAGAAUCUGGUUUCUCAUAGAGAGUGCUUAAGUCACAGGUUUUGAUAUACUAAAAAGGACUUAAACUCCCCGGUAAAGAUCUUGUUGUUUUGAAUGGGACUAAAAAUCUGUUCGGAUUUUACAAAGCAUGCCACAGGAAGGGAUAGUACCGUCCUCUAGGGGUGUCCAACUCUGGCGCUUCAGAUGUUCGUGGACUGCAAUUCCCAUCAGCCCCUGCUGGCAUGGCCGUGCCGUGCCAGCAAGGGCUGAUGGGAAUUGUAGUCCAUGAACAUCUAAAGCGCCGGAGUUGGACACCUCUGGGUUACACAGCAACCUGGCCUCGACCCUGGACGCAGUUGGCAUGUGAAAAGUGACCUGUAGCCAGGUACACAUCAAGUCCAACAACACUUCCUGCAGUCGGCCAUUUUGGUAGCCUUAGUUAUAUCCAUUGCCCUGACUGCUAAACUCGUGCAUGGCCUCUUGAACAAGAAUGGGUGUUAGGAUAGAUCAGCUUGCAUGGUUAGCAACCUUUAGCCCGCACCCCAUCCUUGCUAGGUACCCGUAGUGUGUGAGGAUACGUUCAUUCAGCUGUCCUUCACAUGGACCUUGCUUCAAGAUGGAGAGCAAUUGAUCAUAUCGAUCCACCGGACUCCUAUGGCAACGGGCUUUCCCCUUACCUUCAUGGCAGUGGGACAGGGGCAUACACCACUCCGCGUAUUUAGGUAAACAGCGGAGUAUUUGGGGGCAGGUUUUUUUCCCCAUCAGUUCUCCUAGAUGUUUGCUUGAAGACACCUCAACAGGAGUUGGAAGGCUACCAGCACUUUCCCCCCCCCCCCUCAUUCUUUAUCUAGUUCUAAGUGUGUUGUAAAUGCAUUGAAACUCCAUGACCUUCUACGGAUAGUGGAGCAGAAAGGUGUCUCCAGUUGAAAACCACACAGGGUGUGCGUGGUGAUGUACGUGGAAAUAAAACAUGGAUAGUUUUGAGAUUGCUUGUAGCCCUGUUCCCAAGAAAGCUAAUCCUGCUGAAAUCUGUGGGACAAGUUUGUCACAGUUCAGGUCCCAUUCCUUUCGGUGAACCCCAACUAUCUGUUGUUGGGCCAAAUACAUGCCUAGAGAAACAACAGUCUCAGUUACAUUGAGUGGUUUAAGUCCAUCACUUUCAAAAGGAAUCACCAUCUUGCAGGGGCCUCUUUUAGCGGAAUAAAAGAUGUACACCUCCUUCCUUCAAGCGGCCAGGAGAACUUUUUUUGUUUUUUUCAAAUGAUAUGCAGGAGACACUAUUUGAGCAACGCCAAAGGGUGUUUUUCAGAAAAUGUGCUCAAUUGACUUUGACGUUGAAUAUUUCUGCCCUUAUUGGCAUAAAGAAACCAGGAACCAACGUCAAGAUACUCCGUGGCGGGGCCGAGGUGCCGCAAUAAUGGCCCGAGAAGGCCUCCGGAUUAUCCGGUUGCAAGAAGCUUCGCCCGCGACUUGUGUGAGCCGUUUUGAAUUCUGAACUUUGCAAGUUAAGUGUUGUAGGAGCCUUGCCAAGUGGGAACCUUAGCAAUAAUCAAUACCGAGAGCUCUUGACCGCAGGCACUGUGGCCACACCUCAGAUGUCCUUUUUAGAUCUUCUGUGGAAGUUUAAUACAGUGUGCUUGCUGUACCGCUUUUGACAAAUAAUGUCCAUAAACAUUUAAGGAGAUUAUAUUUAUUGAAUAAAACUUUUGACUUUUAA